GUAAUCAGGAUACAUAAAAGGCAAGCACUGAAGUAUCUUGGAAGGUUGAUACUGUUUCUGACCUAGCAAACCUGUGUGGUCCUGAGACAAGUCAGUACAAUGAGUGGGUGCCCGCUUUCAGGAAACAGUGUUGGAUAUUCUUUGAAAAAAUUAUCAAUGGAAGACAAUGAAGAAGACAGAGCUCAAACUGGUGUAAACAGAGCCAGCAAAGGGGGACUUAUCUAUGGAAAUUACUUGCAGUUGGAAAAGAUUUUGAAUGCACAAGAACUUCAAAGUGAAAUAAAAGGGAAUAAAAUCCACGAUGAACACCUUUUUAUUAUAACUCAUCAAGCUUAUGAACUUUGGUUUAAACAAAUCCUCUGGGAACUAGAUUCUGUUCGUGAGAUCUUUCAAAAUGGCCAUGUCAGGGAUGAGAGGAACAUGCUCAAGGUGAUGGCUCGGAUGCACCGCGUGGUGGUCAUCUUCAAGCUCCUAGUACAGCAGUUCUCGGUUCUGGAAACAAUGACUGCCUUGGACUUCAAUGACUUCAGAGAGUACUUAUCUCCAGCAUCAGGCUUCCAGAGUCUACAGUUCCGGCUGCUAGAAAAUAAGAUUGGUGUUCUUCAGAGCCUGAGAGUCCCUUACAACAGGAAACACUAUCGUGAUAACUUUGGAGAAGACUACAAUGAGCUGCUGCUGAAAUCAGAGCAGGAGCAGACACUGUUGCAGCUGGUGGAGGCUUGGCUGGAAAGAACACCUGGUUUAGAGCCACAUGGAUUUAAUUUCUGGGGAAAGUUUGAAGAAAAUAUCUUGAAAGGCCUGGAAGAGGAAUUCAUAAGGAUUCAGGCUAAAAAAGACUCUGAAGAAAAAGAGGACCAGAUGGCAGAGUUCCGGAAGCAGAAGGAGGUGCUGCUCUGCUUGUUUGAUGAGAAGCGUCAUGACUACCUACUGAGUAAAGGUGAACGACGACUGUCAUACCGUGCACUCCAGGGAGCACUGAUGAUAUAUUUUUACAGGGAGGAGCCUCGAUUUCAGGUCCCUUUCCAGUUGCUGACCUCACUUAUGGACAUUGACACGCUCAUGACCAAAUGGAGAUAUAACCAUGUGUGCAUGGUGCACAGGAUGCUGGGCACUAAGGCUGGCACUGGGGGAUCCUCAGGCUAUCAUUACCUGCGCUCAACUGUGAGCGACAGGUACAAGGUGUUUGUGGAUUUAUUUAACCUCUCAACAUACCUGGUUCCCCGACACUGGAUACCGAAGAUGAAUCCGAUCAUUCACAAAUUCCUGUACACAGCUGAGUGCAGUGACAGCUCUUACUUCAGCAGCGAUGAAUCAGAUUGAGUUCUUCUGAACAUCAGUGGAAACUACAGGAUUCUCAGGAGGCUUUUAUUUUAUAAAUUUUUAUGAAUACAUGAUUGGUGUAAUAUAUUUAUAUAUGUAGUCCAGUGACAUGAUGUUUUGGUCCAAUCCUGGAAAAAUGUUUAUGAUCUUGCAAAUCUUGAUGAUGUACGAUUUAAGGAGAUUAAGCAUCAUGAUAAUUUACUAAAAUGUUAGCCUUGUCAUACAUGUGAUGAAUGCUUGUUACAACUCAAUUUACCCUGACAUUUACCUCUGUAGAACCACUUCACAUAAUUAUUACCUUAUUGCUUCAUACUUUAUAAACGUUGUUUAGCAGUUACUUUAUGUUAUUGAUGCAAUAAAUACUAUCCUUCUGUACAAAAUUCAUUCAAACAAAUCUUUAAUAAAUUUAGUUUUGGCUGUGCAUUGCUUGUAAAA